AUGCAACUACGUUUUUCUGUCCUUUUGUGGACAUUAUUGUUCCAAGGAGUCAUCUCUAUUCCUACCGUUUUUUCUUUAACUGCUACGAGGACUCCUCAAAGGUUCUCAAAACCCGAUAUGACCUGCGAUCAGCUGCCUGAAAACACCUGCUUCUACACCGUCACCACUUUUUUGAAGCCCGAGUCAGCAACCACCUCGAUCACGGAUUGGAAUUGCGUUUCAUAUGGCGAGGAUCAAUUUGUCUUCAAAAGGAAGAAGGCUGCGUUCGGUAUGGAUGCUGGGCCCGUGGAAGUCAAGGGUCGUAUUUGGGUUGUCUCAAAUCUCACUCGUUUGAAUGCACCAGAGUCGAAUAUCGGUAUUAGUAGUUGGUACACUGGGUCUUGUAGCUUCCCGCAGCUCAGGUGGCAAGGAAAGAAAUAUCUAGUGUACUUGUCAGAGAGUAUUGAAGACGCAUUAUUGAGUCUCGUGCCUCUCACAAUCAAAAGCCAUGUUUAUCGAAUUGAGAUACCAUGCUGA